AUGUCUGCCCCUGAAGUCACCAAGCCCGUCGAGGAGACUGUUGCUCCCGUCGCCGAAACUGCCGCUGUUGAGGCCGCUCCUGCUGUUGCCGAGCCUGCUGCUGAAGCUCCGGCUGAGGCCGCCACCGAGGCCACCGAGGCUCCUGCUGCUGAAACCACCGAAGCUGCUGCUGAGGCUCCCAAGGAGGAGGCCAAGGAAGAAGUCACUCCCGCUACCGAUGGCACCCUUGGUUACAAGGGACCUGGUCUCGUCAAGAGCUUCCGCUUCACCAAGCGCUUCUUCUACUUCUCUGACGAUGCUGUUGAGGCCAAGAACUUGGUCGCUUACGUCGCCUCCGAGAAGGGCUCUGCUGCUGCUCAGCGCACCGCUGCUUGGGCCACCCAGACUGGCAAGGGCCUCCUUUUCUUGACCAAGCGUGCUGAGGACAAGGCUACCCCUGCUGGUAUCUUCAACUUGUCUGAGGUCAGCGACAUCACCAAGGAAGGAUCCUCCGAAUUCUUCUUCAAGACCAACGGACACAAGCAUGUCUUCCAGGCUAGCUCCACUGCUGAGCGUGACAGCUGGGUUGCUGCCUUGACCACCAAGUCCACUGAGGCUGAGGCUGACAAGGAGACUGUCACCGGUAGCGAGGGUUUCAAGGCUGAACUUGAGAAGAUCACCAAGCCCGCUGUUGUCGUUGCUGCCGCCGCCGCUGCUGCCGCUACCGCUGUCAAGGCUGCCGUCACCCCUGAGAAGGAAGCCGAGACUGCCCCUGAGGAGAAGAAGGAUGACAAGAAGAGCCGCUCUCAGUCUCGCAAGCGUGCCUCCAUCUUCGGAAGCAUAUUGGGUAAGAAGGACAAGGAGGAGGUCAAGGAGGCCCCUGCCGCCGAGACUGCUCCUGUCGAGGAGGCCGCUGCUGCCGAGACUGCUGCUCCUGCUGAGACCACCGAGGCCCCUGCCGCUGAGGCCACUACCGAGGAGGCUGCUCCUGCUGCCGAGACUCCUGCUGAGGAGAAGAAGGAGGAGGCUAAGCCUGCUGCCAAGGCCAAGCGUGCUUCCAUCUUUGGAGACUUCUUCAAGAAGGUCGCUAGCCCCAGCAAGGAGAAGACCGAGGAGGAGGUUGCCCCUGUUGCCAGCACUGCUCCUCAACUCGAGAACCCCGUUGAAGAGACCGCUGCCGAGCCUGAAGCCGUGACCGAGGCUCCCGCCGUUGUUGAAGCUGCGGCUGCUUCUUCCUCCGAGACCCCCGCCGCUGAGGCCACCGAGGAGAAGAAGGAGGAAACCACUCCUGAGAAGCGCCGUACCUCUUUGUUCAGCACCUUGGGCAAGAAGGUCAAGACUGAGAUCAGCUCUGACGGUGAGGCCAGCAAGAAGGUCAACAAGCUUGGUGGUCUCUUCCGCAAGCCCAGCAAGGUCGUGAAGUCCGAGGACGACAAGAAGAAGGAGGUUGCCCCCGCCGAGACCAUUCCUGAGGGUGAAGACAAGCCCGAGCCCAUCGCUAAGGAUGCUCCCGUUGAGGAGGACGCUGCUCCCGCCCCCGUCGAGAAGGCCGAGGCUGUUGUUACCGCUGCCGAACCCGCCACCGUCGCCCCCACUGCGGCCCCUGUCCAGGCUGCUGCUUGA